GAAGAUAGAGGGAGUCAGCAGCAGGCCUGUGUACACAGCACAGAGGCUGGGACAGGAAGAGGUAGUGCUGUGGUAGCUUCCCUGUGCGUCUGGCUCCCGGGGUGCUAGUGAUCUGGAGGGGCACAGCAUGGCCACAAAGGCUAAAGUUUUGUACGAUUUUGUCGCUGAGCCUGGAAAUAAUGAGCUAACCGUGAAAGAAGGGGAAAUUCUCACAAUAACCAAUAAGGAUGUUGGUGGAGGAUGGAUAGAAGUAAAGAAUAACCAAGGUGAAAGAGGGCUUGUACCAACAGAUUAUGUUGAGUUGAUGUCACAUGGUGCUCCUUCCAGUAAUUCAGCUGCAGAUUUGGCCUUUUUUGAUUCCCUUUCUGGUGGUUCUGCUCAGAAUGCUGCAACCAAUAAUGGUGAACCGGCUACAAAUGACCCCUGGUCAAGCUGGAAUCCACCUAAGCCUUCUGCGACCAACAAUGCAAGUGAUCCUUGGGGUACAAGCCAAAAUUCCACAUCGGACAACUGGGAUUCUGCAUUUGGUCACCCGCAGGCAUACCAGGGUCCAGGAGCUGUAGAUGAUGAUGAGUGGGAUGAUGACUGGGAUGACCCAAAAUCUUCUCCCCCUGGUUACCUUGGCUACAAAGAUUCAGAAACCUCAGAUGCAGGAGCAGGUCAAAGGGGAGCAGGGAAGCAAAGCUCCAUUAAGAUACCGCUUAACAAAUUUCCUGGUUUUGGAAAGUCUGGAAUUGAACAGUAUCUGUUAUCCAAACAGACAGCAAAGCCCAAAGAAAAACUAUCAAUUAUUAUUGGAGAUUAUGGGCCAAUGUGGGUCUACCCAACUGCAACGUUUGAUUGUGUUGUAGCUGAUCCACGUAAGGGAACCAAAAUGUAUGGUCUGAAGAGUUACAUUGAAUAUCAGCUAACACCAACAAGCACAAACCGGGCAGUAAACCACAGAUAUAAGCACUUUGAUUGGCUAUAUGAGCGUCUCUUGGUCAAAUUUGGUUUAGCUAUUCCCAUUCCUUCUCUUCCAGACAAACAAGUCACAGGUCGUUUUGAAGAAGAAUUUAUUAAGAUGCGCAUGGAGAGGUUACAAGGUUGGAUGUCUCGAAUGUGCCGACAUCCUGUUGUAUCGGAGAGUGAUGUUUUCCAGCAGUUCCUCGCUUUCCGAGAUGAGAAGGAAUGGAAGAUUGGGAAAAGGAAAGCAGAGAAGGAUGAACUAGUUGGCAGUAUGAUUUUUUCCACAAUUGAACCAGAAGCACCUGACUUGGACAUAAUAGAAGUGGAACAGAAGUGUGAAGCAGUCAGCAGGUUCACUAGAGCAAUGGAUGAUGGGGUGAAGGAUUUACUUAAUGUAGGCCAGGAGCACUGGAAGCGAUGCACAGGACCAUUACCCAAGGAGUAUCAGAAGAUUGGAAAAGCACUACAGAAUUUGUCACAAGUCUUUAGCUCUAGCGGCUACCAAGGGGAAACUGACUUAAACAGCGCUAUCACAGAAGCUGGGAAAACAUAUGAAGCAAUAGCUAACUUGGUGGAAGAGCAGCCAAAAAAGGAUCUUCAUUACCUGAUGGAAACCAAUCAUGAGUACAAGGGAUUUUUAAGCUGUUUUCCAGAGAUGAUCUCUGCUCACAAGGCAGCCAUUGAUAAAGUGAAGGAAAGUGAUAAAUUGGUGGCUACCAGUAAAAUUACACAGCAGGACAAGUUAAACAUGGUGAAGAGAGUGAGCACAAUGUCAUUUGCACUUCAAGCUGAAAUGAACCAUUUUCACUCCAAUCGAAUUUAUGAUUAUAACAGCGUCAUUCGUAUUUACCUGGAGCAGCAGAUAGAGUUUUAUGAAACAAUCGCUGAGAAGCUAAAACAAGCACUCGCCCGUUUUCCUGUUAUGUAAAUAAUCAGACACCCAGAUUUGAAGGAUAAUUGAAAGUGCCUUUCUAUGUAUUAAUGGUGAACGACGCAAAAUAGCCCUUUGGACGCUGGCCACAAAAGGAUGUACUGGCAACUUACUUUGCAAAUAUAGACGAUGUAUGUACAUUAACUGAAGUGGUCAAGUUGAAGUCAGUUAUAUUUUUCAGAAAAGAGCUUUUCCCAGUGCACUUACAUAUAACAGCAUAUUAAAUGCAUGUUUAGUUAAUAUCACGACAUUGUACAUAACAUCACGGCCUUUUGCUUCUCAACCUGCAAGAGGACAGGGCUCCUUUAUGAGGAAUAGUCACCAGAUAACUUCUUGCCAAUGACUGCCACAGCUGCCUGUUUGAUUGGACCCGUAAUUUUCUUUCUGAACUUUCUGAAAUUCAAGAAAUUGAAAUGCAUUCUAUUCGCUAACACUAAGUGCAAUUGAAUUGAAAAAUGUCUAUAUGCACAGCAAAUGAUUUCUAUUGUCCUGUAUACAGUGUGCAAUCUACAUGUGAUACACACCAGUGUCUUUGCCCAGCCUUGUUACAACUGCAUUUUUCUUAUGUUUAAUUAAACUUGGCUGUGCAACUCAGGUAAAAAAAAAAACAAUGAAGAAAAAAGUUUCUUUUUUUAUGAAUAAACAAGGGAAACUUAUUAU